AUGGAACAGAGCUUCUUUGAAAAAGACAGUUACCAGGAUCCAAUCGGGAGAAAAGAACACAAUUCAUCUGGUACCAGAACUAUGUACCUGGACAAUAAAGAUGAUGGUGCAAUCACCAGAAACAUAGAUAUGGAAUUGGACUCCCACCACAUGGAUGUGCUUGGAGAUGGAGCAAGAGAGCCAAUUUCUUACAAUGUCAGCAAACUGAAGCUCUUGAAGGAGUUCAUGAUUGGUCAGGGAGCAUCACAUCAACCCUAUCCAAGAAUUGCACAAGAGCCAGACCAGUGUAUUACUUUGGGGAAAGAUUUCAAUCCUCUCACUAUACAACCCAGGUAUAAUUACAGUUUGCCCAAAUUCUUCAGCACAAGAUCAGAAGAUAACUGUUUUACAGAAAGGACACCUCUGUUGAAAGUUUCCACUAAAGGCAAUGGGUUAAGAUGUACAGAUGUUCAUAAUACAGAUUUCAUCACAGAUGAUGACUCUUGGGAAAACAGUUCUGCCGAAUUUGAGCAGAGGUCUCAGCCAGGAAGUGAAAUGACCAGCUUGUCAAGAUCUGCUUCGUGCUCAGAAAAAUGUGAAAUAUUGGACAAUUUUCAUGUCAAAUUCAAUUUAUCCAAGAUGAGUAUUGAUAGCAAGAAAAAUGUGGAGUCCUUAACUGUGUUUCUAUCAGCUGUGAACUUUAGCAGUUUCAGUGAUUCUGCUCUUUUAAAGGUAGAACUUGGAGGGCCCUUUGUAACUGAGCGACAACCAAGAGACUAUAUUGUAGUUCAAAUUGGACAAAUAGAAGACUCCAGUCCUAAAAGGAGACGUCAACAGCAAAUAUUAUAUAAUUGGACUCUUGCAUUAAAUCUGAAGAAAAAUGAGCAAGUUAUUGUGACUAGAAUCUUUGAGACAGUGAAUAGAAAAGAAACCUCCCUAAGAAUCCAGGCAUUUCUUCAGGAAUCAGAAAUCAUUCCUCUUUCUAUGACACAUCAGUAUCUUCAUGCAAAUAUAGAGGCUCAAGUCACAAUAGCUUCAGUCAUUUUAGCAGGUGUUUAUGUUCUGAUUGUGUUUGAGAUUGUCCACAGGACAUUAGCUGCAAUGUUGGGAUCUUUGGCUGCCUUAGCUGCCUUAGCUGCAAUUGGUGAUAAGCCGAGCCUGAUCAAAGUAGUGGCAUGGAUUGAUUUUGAAACUCUGGCACUAUUGUUUGGAAUGAUGCUUUUGGUUGCUAUCUUCUCUGAAACUGGGUUUUUUGAUUACUGUGCAGUAAAGGCUUAUAGACUUUCUCGAGGUAAAGUGUGGGCCAUGAUUAUCAUUCUCUGUUUUUUUGCUGCAAUUCUAUCAGCCUUUCUGGACAAUGUUACUACAGUGCUCCUCUUUACUCCAGUAACUAUAAGGUUAUGUGAGGUGCUCAAUCUUGAUCCCAGGCAUGUCCUGAUUGCUGAAGUUAUCUUCACAAAUAUUGGAGGGGCUGCAACAGCUAUUGGGGAUCCUCCAAAUGUGAUUAUUGUUUCAAAUCAGGAACUCAGGAAGUUGAUUCUUAUACAGCUAACUAGUGUUGUGAGAGAAUGUACAAAUGUCUUCAACCUUGCAUUUAAAAUUAAAGAACACCCAGAUUGCUGUGGCAUUUUCAAACUGAAACAUGAAAUCCAUGUUUGGAAGCUGACAGCCCAGAGAAUUAACCCUGCAAGCAGAGAAGAAACAGCAGUGAAGUGCCUCUUAAUGCAAAAAGUUAGGACUCUAGAGUUCUUGCUAAAGAAAAAGCUCAAAACUUUCCACAGACAAAUCUCACAAGAAGAUAAAAACUGGGAAACAAAUAUCCAGGAGCUCCAAAAAAAGCACAGAAUAACAGACAAGUUGCUUCUCAUCAAAUGUCUGAUGGUUUUAGGAAUUGUUAUUCUCAUGUACUUUCUCAAUCCAUUCGUUCCAGGAAUUCAUUUAGAUCUUG